GACAACUCAAGACUGCUGCAAAGCCCCCUCAAAUCAGUCGAUAUCCUCAUCAUCGGGCCCUACCACGAUAUCCACCCAUACCACUCCCAGCAUGACGACAGAGAAGAUAGCAGAGAAGCUAGAUCCUCUCGAGGCUAAAGAGGAUGCACCGUCCGUGGAAGUAGUCAACGCUUCUGGCCACCGCCAGGAAGUCGAACGAAACUUUAGUCUAUUGAGCAUCUGUGCCGUUGCCGUCACGACCGGAAACACAUGGAUUGCCCAGGGUGGCAGUGUGACCACGGCAUUGAGCAAUGGAGGUCCAUCGGGAGUUAUAUACGAAUUCAUCGCUGUCUCAAUAUGUUACUGGCUAGUUGCAGCCUCGAUCGCAGAACUGGCAUCUGGCAUGCCAUCUGCUAGUGGAGUCUACCACUGGGCUACCAUCACCGCAGGCAGAUACGGACGGGUGUGCGGGUUCUUUGCGGGGUUCUGGAACUCGCUAGCAUGGAUCCUGGGGGCAGCCUCCAUGUCAGCCAUCCUGGGACAGCAAACGGUGUCAAUGUAUGCCCUGAUGCAUCCUGGCUUCGUGCCCCAGUCCUGGCACAUCUUUGUGAGCUUCGUCAUCUGCACGUGGAUGUGCUGCUGCAUCGUGCUCUUCAUGAACCGAUGGCUCCCUCAUAUCGGUAACCUCGGGCUUUUCUUCAUUCUGGCGGGUGUCUUCAUCACCAUUGUUGUCUGUGCCGUAAUGCCACACGUCAACGGCACCGGCUACGCAGCCAGCAAGGAAGUCUGGAGCUCCUGGCAGAACGACACAGGCUACACCAGCCAGGGCUUCGUCUUCGUAGCCGGCAUGCUCAACGGCGCAUACAGCGUCGGGACCCCGGACUGUUCAUCGCACCUUGCCGAGGAGAUUCCCCAACCAAGCCGCAAUAUUCCGAAAGCUGUCCUCGCGCAAAUGGCCGUCGGCUUCACCACGGGCAUCGUCUACAUGAUCGCGCUCUUCUACAGCAUCACAGACCUCUCCGCCGUCCUCGACAGCGUCUACGGGUUCCCGCUCGCAGAGAUCUACUAUCAAGCCACGGGCACCCGCGGAGGGGCCCUCGGCCUCCUGAUCGUCGCCUUCCUGCCCACCGUCAUCACCUGCGCGGGCUGCUACAUCACCGCGGGCCGCACGCUGUGGACCAUCUCGCGCGACCAAGCCACCCCCUUCCACGACUGGCUCGGCCACAUUCACCCGCGCAUGCACAACCCGUUCAACGCGACCCUCGUCUGCGGGGCCUUGGUCACCGUCCUCGCCUGCAUCUACGUCGGCUCGACCACCGCCUUCAACGCCUUCGUCGGCUGCUUCGUCCAGCUCUCCAGCCUCUCGUACUUCGCCGCCAUCUUCCCGCACGUCGUCCUCACGCGCCGCGCCUCCUUCGCGCGCGGCCACUUCUGGAUGCCCGGCGUGCUGGGGUACCUCGUCAACGCCCUGAGCUGCGUCUACAUCCUGGCGUUCGUCGUCAUCUUCUGCUUCCCCUACACCUUGCCCACCGACGCCCAGUCGAUGAAUUACGCCAGCCUGAUGACUGGCGGGCUGACUGUCUUCGUGACCGCGUGGUGGCUCUACAAACGGAAGGAGUACACGGGGCCCAAGGAGGUGCCGGUGUCUGAUAAGGUCGUUGUGGAAGGCGUCGCGGGAGAUGCAUAAAUGAGAAAACCUCGUUGAUGAAUUGGAAAAUCCUUUUCUGGGAACAAAAAAAAAGAUUAAAGAUAAACAGACCACGGCAUGCGUACAUAGCAUGGUUCUAUGCGUCCCGCUUCUCUGAAAAGAGAGUUCAUGUGUAUAAAGAUCUUGUGUCUUUCGUCUACAUUGAAAGUUGGUCUUGCUUGGGA